AUGGAAAAUAAUAAAAAAGAAGAGGGAACAAAUACACCAUCCUCAAAUGGAGGAGGUUGUUAUUGUUGUGUUCCAAUGUCAUCAUCGGAAGAUGAAAAUGGUGCUUCAAUAUCUAUUAAAAACAAUUUAAAAGAUAAUAAUGAAAAUAAAGAAGAAAAAAAAGAAAUAUCGGAUCAAGAAUUAUCAACCACCAAGCGAUCAGAAAAGAGAAGAAAAAAGGGAGGUUGUUGUGAUAUGUGCCAAUGUAAUAGUAAUAAUAAUUUCAAUAAAAAAAAAAGCAGUAAAAAUAAAAAUAAAGUUGGUUUAAGCAGUGAAAGUGAAAGUGAAAGUGAUGAAACUAGCAGCGACGAUGAUAGUGAAAAAGAAGAAAGAAAGAAAAAAAGAAAAAAGAAAUUGAAGAAAAGAAAUAAUAAUAGUAAUAAUGAAAAUAGCAAUAGUGGUAGUGAAAGUGAAAAAAGAAGAUCAAAGCAAAGUAAUAGUAAAAGAAAUCCAGUUAGUAGCGAUGAAAGCUCUUAUUCAAGUGAUCAAGAAUAUAUCAAAAAAUCUAGCAAUACACAACGAAAACCGGAUAGAACAAGGGAUCACUCACCAGAAUCAAACUUUUCAUCACAAACAAAUACAACAGCAUUAACUUUUCAAACAAAUAAUACCAAUAGUAAUAAUAGUAAUCCACAUAAAACCCAAUGUUGUAAUAAUUGUUCAAAAGAGAAUAGAACCAAUGGUAGAGCAUGUUUAUGUCAAGUUCCAUCACACCAUAGAAGAGGCGUUUUGGGUGAAAAUGGGUGCAUAACAUGUGGUUGUCUUGGCUGCCAUCCUACCGAUGCUUUUGAAACUAAAUCAUCAUCUAGUGUAAUAAUAACAAAUAAACCAACCAAUAAUGCAAUUAAUAAUGGAUCGAUUAGCAGUGAUGAGUUAAAGAAUGGUUGCUGUAGGGCGUGCAUGAAGGCCUUCUCUGAGAAUGAUAAGGCUUGUCUUUGUCAAGUGCCCUCCAGUGUUAGACUAGGUGUUUUACCUGAUGGUGGUUGUAGAAUAUGCAAAUGUAAAGGUUGUCACCCAGAAGAAUUUGCAAAUAAAAAAAGAUCAUUAUCUGCAUCAUCAUCAACUUCUUCGAAUAAUAAUAACAAUAGUAGUAGUAAUAAUAAUAAUAACAAUAAUGGCAAUAGCAAUAAUCAUUCGAGAAAGCUUAGUAAUAGUAGUAAUAAUAGUAAUAAUAGCGGUUCGAAUGGAGUAUAUCCAUAUCAUCAUUCAAGAUAUAAUCAUUUUCAAUAUCCUCCACAUCAUUUUUAUCCACCUCCUCCACCGCCAUAUCACAGAGGUCACCAUUAUCCCCCACCACCACCGCCACAUCACCAUUCCUCUUAUCCUCCACCACCUUACAACUAUGGCACACCAGAAUUACAUAGAGGAGAUCAUCCAUACUAUGAUUGGGAUUUAUAUGAAGGUUCAUCAAGAAAUAGUGGUUCUUAUGAAAAAGAUUCAAGAACAUCAAAACAUAGAGGUCACAAUGGUAUAGUGGGUGGCUUUGAUAACCCUAGAGACCGUUCAAGAGAUCGUGGAACAUUAGAAUCAUCAUAUAGAGAUCGUUCAAGAUCAAGAUCAAGAUCGAGAUCAAGGGAUCGUGCUCGCAAUACCAGAUCAAAAGAUAGAUCUAAAUCAAGAGAAAGAUCCAGUAAUAAUAAUAAUAACAGCAGUUCUAAACAAUAUUACAAUAAAAAUAUUAAAAAUAAUUAUGGUGGUAGUAGUGCAAGUAGUUAUAUAGAUUCAGAUUCAGACAGAGAUUAUAACAAUAAUAAUAACAAUAAUUAUAAUAAUAAUAAUAUAGAAGAUUUUACAAAAAAAGAUUAUAACGAUUUAUAUGAUAAAGAUCAUUUUUAUAAUGGUAAAAAAUCAAAAGAGUCUGAUUGGUACUCGCCCAAUUAUACAUUUAAAUAA